AGUAAAACAUACACUCUGCACGUUGUUUCAGCUGAACCGGCUAUUCUUCAAAAAACCUGAAAUUUAAUUAAAUCUCUCAGAAUGUCGUGGCUUUUUGGAAUGGGAAAGAGUGAGCCUCCACCUAAUUUUGCUAAUCUUGGACUUCCUCCUCCUCCUUCUGGUGGAGGUGAUGGUAAUGACGGUAAAACUUCCCAAGGUCAGUCGAAGAUGGAAGCUUAUCGUUUUGAUUCUGGAGCUUUGGAAAGAGCUGCAAAAGCGGCAAAGGAAUUAGAGAAAUCGAGUCAUGCUACAAAGGCAUUCGAAAUAGUUAAAGAACAAGAGAAGUCAACUCAAAUGAAAGCGCAAACCCAAUAUAAAGAAUAUGAAGUUCAAGUAGAGCAGAUGAAAAUUGAACAAAUAAAGGUUCAACAGGAAGAAAGACGGAAGACUAUGGGAGAAGAAACUAGACAACAAAAGGCUAAAGCUGAUUAUCAAGAUCAGCUAGCCAGAAGAAGAUAUGAGGACCAGUUGGCACAACAGGCCAGAAUCAAUGAAGAGAAUUUAAGAAAGCAGGAAGAGUCUGUUGCUAAACAAGAAGCCAUGAGGAAGAAAACUUUGCAACAAGAAAUGGAAAUGAGACAGAAAAAUGACUUACUUCGAGUGGAAGCUGAAGCCAAAGCCAGAGCGAAAAUGGAAAGAGAGAAUAGAGAUAUUAUAUUGGAGCAGAUCAAAUUAAAGGCUGAAGAAAGACGUAAAACUAUUUUAGAUUCUAUCACGACUGCGGGAUCUGUUCUUGGCUCUGGAUUUCAGGUAUUUAUUAAAGACUGGGAUAAAGUUACUGCAACAGCCCUUGGUAUAACCCUUUUCGCUGGAGGCAUUUAUGGUGCCAAGUUCGGAACAGGAGUCAUUGCCCGUUAUAUUGAGUCCCGUUUAGGAAAGCCAUCACUAAUUCGUGAAACAUCGAGAUUCACUCUAGCUCAGGCCUUAAAACAUCCCAUCUCCACCGGAAAAAAAAUAUUAAAUAAAUCACAAGAUGCUCUUAAAGGAAUAGUUCUGCAACCUCAAGUUGAAGAAAGACUUCGAGAUGUAGCAAUUGCUACUAGGCACACAAAGGCCAAUAAAGGCUACUAUAGGAAUAUUUUGUUUUAUGGACCUCCAGGUACAGGAAAGACGAUGUUUGCUAAAUCCUUGGCCCAUAAUUCGUCAAUGGACUAUGCCAUUUUGACUGGAGGAGACAUAGCUCCCAUGGGUAGAGAGGGUGUUACAGCUAUGCACAAAGUAUUUGACUGGGCAAACACUUCGAGGCGAGGUUUGUUAUUAUUUGUUGAUGAAGCUGACGCAUUUCUUCGUAAGCGUUCCACUGAACAAAUAUCAGAGGAUAUGAGAGCGACCUUAAAUGCUUUCUUAUAUAGAACUGGUGAGCAAAGCAAGAAAUUUAUGCUUGUUUUGGCUUCUAACCAACCGGAACAAUUUGAUUGGGCCAUAAAUGACCGUUUGGAUGAAAUGGUUGAAUUCCAACUGCCAACUCUACAAGAAAGAGAGCGACUAGUCUACCUCUAUUUCGAAAAAUUUGUUCUUCAACCUAUCGCUGAAGGAAAGAAGAGACUAAAACUUGAUCAAUUCGAUUAUUCAGCCAAGUGCUCAGAUAUUGCACAUAAGACAGAGGGAUUAUCAGGGAGAGAAAUAGCUAAAAUGGGUGUUGCUUGGCAAGCUGCUGCAUAUGCUUCCGAAGAUGGUGUUCUCACAGAAAAAAUGAUUGACGCUAGAGUCGAUGACGCACUCCAAGGUCAUACUAAAAAGGUUGCAUGGCAAAAAGACCAAGAACUAAGUUCUCCAGCUAGUUUAUUGUAUACCUCCCAAAAAGCAAGGGAAUCGUUGCAUACAAAGUUAAGUUCGGAGUAG